CGGGCGUGUCACGAACAAGCCGUCUGCCACACCUCGCCCAUGGCAGGUGACAUCACAUGCACCUGUAAGAAGGGCUUCUCCGGAGACGGCCUCAUCUGUUUACCUGGCCACACCGCCACCGCCGACCACCACCACGCCCCUCGCCGUGUCCGCCGCUCCUACCCCACCUCCAACACCAACCUUGCCCAUGUCCGGUUCAGCUGCGGCUUCAACGAGUGCGCCGACGGGGAGGACUGCAUCACGGUCGCCGGCAUCCAGCAGUGCUCCAACCCCUGUAAGAUCUACACGGUCCUGAACGACGCCUGGCGUUCCACCAACAACCACGGGCAACAGGCACUGCGACCGCAACGUCCGCUGGGACGGCUAUUACCGCAUGUUCAUCGGCACCAGAGCGUGUCCAUGCCGGACAAGUGCGUGGAUUCCUUCCAGUGCGGCACCCAGGCUCCCUUGUGGCUGGCGUUUCCUCCCCCAGCAGGUGGAUGAAAUUGUCCAGAGUGCAGUCUGCGCCAGCUUCAAUGGGGACUGCUGCUGGGUGCAGUCUCAGCCCAUCCACGUCAAGGCAUGCCCUGGGAACUACUUUGUGUACAAGUUCGUCAUGCCUCCCGGGUGCUACUUCGCCUAUUGUGCAUAUGUGUCAGCUCCCACCACAACACCAAAACCAGUCACAUCUACAGAAAUGCCAGUAGAGAACAAUCGCACCACAACAACAACACAGUCACAGGUUGCCACGACUACGCCAAAAGCAAUGUGUGGUACCUGCAGAGCGGGGAGACCUGCGUGAGCACCGAUGGGGUCACUUGGCGGUGUGAGAGGCCAGAUCAGCCUGUUUUGCUGCACCCAGAGGUAGUAUGUGGGCGGAGCCUGGUACAGGUGGGUCUCAACAGGACUAACCUGGAGGCCGCUGGUCUGGACGCCACCACCGCUAACCUGGCCGACCCCGGUGUAACGCUCACGAAGAGCGUGGCGGCA